GAUCAUUCAGUUUAUCAUUAUUUUUACAUCAAAUAUAAUGAUAAUGAUUAAGACGUUAUGGAAUAUGAAUUGAUUAACUUGUUUUUUUGUUUGGUUGCCACAUCGAUUGCUGGCUAGCAUAUAUAAAUAUUGGAUUCAUUAGUGGAAAAAGAUUUUUCCAUAAUCAACAUAAUCAUCCAAAAUUCAUUUGAAAUUACAAUUUUUCUGUAAAAUAAAUUCUAUACACUGGUUUGUUUGUGUGUGUGCGUUUGAAUCAUGAAAAUAUCUGUCCGUGUUAAAGGUGAUUGGUUUACGGUACCGGUUCCGAAACCGUUUGAACAAACAAUAAAAUGGCUAGGUGUAGAAGCAUUGAAUAAAUAUACAAAAUUACGACAAUCCCAUUCAUCCAUUUCAAAUGAUUCAAUUGAAAUUGUUGAUGAAAUACGUAAAGCCAAAGGUGGUUCCAUAUUAGAUCCAGAAGAUUUUGUUGCCGAUGUUUUAGAUGACAAUGAUUUUGUCAGUAUUGUACUUGAAAGUGACAAAAAAACUAUGGUUACCGGAAAUCUAGAAGUUCAUUAUAUACCGGAAAAGGCUAGUUCAGAAAUUCAAGUAACACCAAAAACAUUUGAAUAUAUUAAUUUGAAUGGUAAUCAAUUGUCUACAGAUGAUCUACUCAAUCUUGGCCGUGGUCAUUAUAAAAUCAAGCUUGCAACAGAAUCACAACAAAAAAUCAAAGCAUGUCGUGACAUGUUAGAACGAAUAUUAAGAGAAAAUAAAGUUGUUUAUGGUGUAAACACUGGUUUUGGAAAAUUUGCAACCACUUUGAUUAGUGGUGAAAAUCUAAUCGAUUUACAAUAUAAUCUAAUCCGUAGCCAUUCGGCUGGUGUUGGUAAUCCAUUAUCACCAUUUCGUACAAGAAUGUUAUUAGCAUUACGUAUCAAUAUUCUGGCCAAAGGUUAUUCAGGAAUAUCAUUAGAAACACUUCAACAGUUGAUCGAUGCAUUUAAUGCAUCAUGUUUAUCAUGGGUACCAGAAAAAGGUACUGUUGGCGCUUCUGGAGAUUUAGCACCAUUAGCACAUUUAGCUCUUGGUCUGAUUGGUGAAGGAAAAAUGUGGUCACCUGAAAGUGGAUGGUCCGAUGCAAAAUAUGUACUUGAAUCGCAUAAUCUAAAACCAUUGAACUUGAAACCAAAAGAAGCGUUAGCAUUGAUCAAUGGUACACAAUUGAUAACAUCAUUAGGUGCUGAAGCUGUGGAACAAUCAUCAUACCUAAUUCAACAAGCUGACAUUGUUGCCGGUAUGACAUUGGAAGUUUUAAAAGGUACAACACGUGCAUUUGAUCCGGAUAUUCAAAAAAUUCGUCCACAUCCUGGACAAGCUGCAGUUGCGAAACGAAUUCGUGCAAUAUUGAAUUCGUCUAUUUUUCCUUCACAGAUUGCCGAAUCACAUCGAUUUUGUAACAGAGUUCAGGAUGCAUACACAUUAAGAUGUUGUCCACAGGUACAUGGCGUUGUUCAUGAUACAAUUGAUUUUGUACGGAACAUUAUUACAACUGAAAUGAAUUCGGCAACCGAUAAUCCUUUGGUGUUCGUAGAACGUUCAGAAAUUAUUUCUUCGGGCAAUUUUCAUGGAGAAUAUCCAGCUAAAGCUUUGGAUUACUUAGCCAUUGCUGUACAUGAAUUGGGCAGUAUGAGCGAAAGACGAAUCGAACGCCUAGUAAAUCCAGCACAAUCUGGUUUGCCAGCAUUUCUUGUUAAAAAUGGUGGUCUUAAUUCUGGUUUCAUGAUCGCUCAUUGUACAGCUGCAGCUCUUGUUUCGGAGAACAAAGUACUUUGUCAUCCUGCAUCAGUUGAUUCAUUAUCAACAUCAGCCGGUCAAGAAGAUCAUGUAUCUAUGGGUGGAUUUUCAGCCAGAAAAGUUUUACAAGUAAUCGAAAAUGUUCAACGAAUUAUAGCCAUUGAAUUGUUGGCUGCAUGUCAAGCAAUAGAAUUUUUGCGUCCUUUACGAACAACAAGACCAUUAGAAGCUGUUUAUCAUACUGUUCGUCGAGAAGUCAAGCCAUGGGAAAAUGAUCGUAUUAUGAAUACAGAUAUUAAUGCUGUUACAGAUCUAUUACAAGAGAAAACAAUAUGGCGUGUUGUCAAACCAUUUAUUGAUGAAUAUAAUGAACGAAAAAAAUUCGAUGUUCGUCCACCAUCACCGACGGCCACUGUAUUGGGAAAAGCAUCCAGUCUUGAAAAACAAUUACAUUUUGAUCAAAUGGAAAAGUUGAAAAAUCUUAGUAAACCAAAUUGAUUUGAAUGCGAGCAGAAACAAGAUUUAAACAAGAUUUUUGUUUUCCGUUUAAAACAAUAAAAUGACAAAAAAAACAAUA